AAUUGGUUCCAUUGGUAUAUAAGGGGCAGCCUUCCUCAGCACUAAUGAAAUGCGCUGGACUAAAUUAAUAGGGUCAGCAUGGGAAGUAGGCACCCUAAGCAAUUGCCAAGGACAGGUAAAUUGAGUAAGUAAAAAUUGUUUUAGAUGUUUCAAUUUAAAAGCUCUCAGAUAAGAACGGGGUCAGGUGUAAACCAUGGCAUGAUUAUUCCAUGGAAAGCUGGUACCCUAAAAGUGAUCACCACAAAAUUUACAUCAGGAAGGGGACCAGGUCGUACCUAAAUAUUGAUGAACGCGUGCUAUGGAUUUUAUUGUCUCAUCUUCAGCUUCAAUUAUAUUUUUUGGUAAAAUCUGAAAUUCCUUAGAAAUACAUUUGAUAUAGUACAUAUUAGGGAAGUAAAUAACAGCUUUCGUAUGUAGUUUAAAUAAUUCUAAACCCAUCUUAAUACAGAAUAAAAGAAAUUUAGGGAUGAGCUUAAAACCUUGUUUGUGGCUUGCUCAGUAUGACCAAGAGCCUCUACUUCCCUGUAAUAGUUCAUUUCUUUUUGAAUAAGUUUAAGCCUGCAUAUGCAGAAACUCAUAAAUGCAACAGAUAGGUUUAAGUCAAGUUUUUAAAAAAAAAAGUAAAUCACGUCUGCUUUCAGAUUUUUGGGAAAGUAUUUUCUUCAAUGUGCCCCUAACCGUACCAUGCCUCCAACUGCAUCUCUACUUGCUACAUUUCUUUUCCUGAUAGAAGCUUUUUUCCUAUUCACCCGUGUUUCGUUGUUAUGUAGACAUUUUGUACAAAGCAAUUAAUCCCAAGUCAGUUCUGCAUUGGGAAUCCUCUGCCAGGUACAAGUUUUUUAAGAAAAGAAUGAACAGACCUGAAAAGCUCAGCACCAUUAUUUGUGCAUUCAGAAAUUCAGCUCUAUUAGGUAUUUCUUGUGACAAUGGGAAAUUUAUAAUCUAAGCUUUGAAACUGAGAUUUUAACAACUGUUUUGGUCUUCAAAUGUAUGAACUAUGUUUGCCGAAGUUGUGAUAUGUUAUUUCUUGAGUUUGUCUUUUUUUUUUUUACUACAAAGAAUGUACGUUUCAGUUCUGAAGAAGUGAAAGGAAAAGUCCACUUUUCCUUAAAGUAAAAUGAAAGGAGUUGGGUUUGGUUUUCUAGCAGAGAAAAGCAAAAUAAGUCUAGCCAGAUGACUUUUAUCCUAGACAUCCAUUGUCCUUUUUUGCAUGUGACUGCAUACUUGCCUUAAUGUUAUAUUUUUAAAGUUACUACUGAAAUGGCCUGUUUCAAGAGUAAUUGUAUUGUACAAACAGGUAUUUCGGGCUGAAUGAUAGAUACACAUUUAAAAUGAGAGUGGGGAGAAAAAAGAUAAAUGUGAACAUUAGUCAAAAGAAAGCAAAACACCACAAAUUUCCUGUGCAGAGUUUUAUUCAGGUAGGUGAAUAGACUAACUACGCCUGUUCCAUUUUUACAGCGUAAUGGUAGAAACGAUGUAUAACUGCUAGACAAAUUGCAGUCUCCAUAUAGAAUAGCGAUUGAAAGAUUUCAAAUACUGUAUUUCCUUUAGAUUUGGGGGAUUCCCUAGGGCUCCUGCAUAGUUGCUUUCAUCUCUCGUGAUACACCUUGCAAUUUCUUUUACAGUAUGUCAUCAAAAAGUUAAACCUUAAAAAUGCUUCCAACCGAGAGAGGAAAGCAGCAGAACAAGAGGCGCAGCUGCUAUCUCAGUUGAGACACCCAAACAUAGUCACCUACAGAGAGUCCUGGCAGGGGGAAGAUGGCCUAUUAUAUAUUGUUAUGGGCUUCUGCGAGGGUGGAGAUCUGUAUCACAAACUUAAAGAGCAGAAGGGCAAACUUUUGCCUGAGAAUCAGGUGGUGGAGUGGUUUGUCCAGAUUGCCAUGGCACUGCAGUAUUUACAUGAAAAGCACAUUCUUCACAGAGAUCUUAAAACUCAAAAUGUUUUUCUGACACGAACAAAUAUAAUCAAAGUGGGUGACCUGGGAAUAGCCAGAGUGCUGGAAAACCAAUACGACAUGGCCAGCACUCUCAUAGGCACACCAUACUACAUGAGCCCUGAACUCUUUUCUAACAAACCCUACAACUACAAGUCUGAUGUUUGGGCAUUAGGCUGCUGCGUUUACGAAAUGGCUACACUGAAACAUGCCUUUAAUGCUAAAGACAUGAACUCUUUGGUUUAUCGAAUUAUUGAAGGAAAGUUGCCACCCAUGCCAAAGGAUUACAGCCCACAGUUGGUAGAAAUAAUACGAACUAUGCUCAGUAAAAAACCUGAAGACAGACCAAGUGUGAAAAGCAUACUACGUCAGCCAUAUAUCAAGCACCAAAUUUCUUUGUUUUUGGAAGCCACGAAGGCGAAAGCAGCCAAAAGUCAUAAGAAAACAGUGAAUUCUAAACCUAAAGAUCCUUGUUCUGUGGUCUCAGUAAAGAAUGAAUCUCAUAGCAGGAAUGUUACACACCAAAACCACUCCUUUGAGCAAGCCAGGAAAUACAAAGUUAAUGAAGAAGACUGCAUUAUCAAAUAUAAAGCCCCCAAAUUUUGUCCCUCAGAGAAACCAGCUGUUGAGUUAGAAAGAAAACCAAGCAGUAAUGAUUUGAACAACCUGGCAGACUCCUUAGCUACAGUUAGUGAAGUGAAAAUUGAUAUUUUACCAUCUGAAAUGAUGAAGUAUGGAAGUGAGAAUUGCAGCAGUGAGCAUAUUCCAGAGAGUAAUAAAGCAAAGUAUUUAAAUGUUCCAGGGAAUUCUAAAAUAGCAUCCAGUGGCCCACCAAUUAAUGAAGAUGGACUACAGCAAAGAGCAAAGCAAGCUUUUAAAGCUGAAGACAUUGAGUAUAAGCAGUCUUCUGUUAAUGCUGUAGAAGAAGAUAGUGACACUUUGAAACUCCUGCAGCCUGUAUCAAUAGAUCAAAAGCAAACUGACCUGAGCUUGGAUUCCACUGAAAAACUGCUAGCACCAUUUGUUCCUGUUUUAAUUCAAGAUGAUGUCUGUCAUGGAGCUUCAGGAGAUGUUCAGGAAAAAAUUACCUCCCACUUGCAGCCUCGUAGUUCUGUCAGUGAACCCUCUCUCUCACGGCAGCGACGGCAGAAGAAAAGAGAGCUGGCUGAAGUCUGUUCAGAGAAGUUCAGAGCAGCUGCUCCUCGGCCUUUACCUUUUCCUUCACAUGUGAACACAAAGACAACACAGAGGCGUGCAGAGCACCAUGCUGCUGAAGUCUCUGAAUCUGUAAAUAGCACCAAAACCAGUCAAGUUGCCAUUUCAAAGGAGCGGCCCUUGUCAGCAAGAGAACGAAGGAGGCUGAAACAGUCUCGGGAGGAGAUGUUUCCCUCUGUGAUUCCAGCAAGACGAACGCCAAAUAGUGCAGUAAUUGAAGCAAAAUCACAUAUGGAAAAUCAUGUUAAAGUUACACAGUCCUCAUCAGAUCCCAGUAUUUCUCAGAGAGUAAGCCGUUGCCUGUCUGAUGAUGAGUUGAGCUCUUCCACAAGCUCUACAGACAAGUCUGAUGGCGAUUCCAAGGAGAAAAAAAGCAAUAUGAAGGAAAUGAAUGAUUUGGUGCAGCUAAUGACGUGGACGCUGAAAAUGGACUCCAAGGAGAACUCUGAAUACUCUGUAACCUCUACUCCAGCUCCAGAGUUUAAACUUCAUAGAAAAUAUAAAGACACUUUGAUUUUGCAUGGAAAAUCACCUGAUGAAUCAGAGGAAUUAAAAUUUGAAGAGAUUUCUUCAGGUCUGUUGCUCUGUGCUUUAAAUGAAUGGUUGUCAACUGAUAAUAAUCAAAGAAAACCUAGUGGGCAACAGAAGACAAUCCACUCUUAUUUCUCCUCAAGUCUCAACAUUGCUUACAGAAAUAGACAUCUUCGUAAAUUUGUGUGCAAAACUGCUCUAGUUACAGCUUACUUGCCAGUGAAAGGAAUGUGUGAUCGAUCUCUGCAAUUAUUAAUGGAGAGAGCUGCUCUGCAAUGCCAUUUUCCCCCACGUGACUUACACUUAAAAGCUUCCAAAAUGAACAGCUGGCAUUGGGUAUUUUGAAACAAGAUUUUUAAGGCAUAUAAACGAUUUGAUAGCUGCAAAGCUUUGUGAAUUUUGGAUAAAGCUGAAGCUGUACAUAAAGCAUUAAACACAGUGGAAGUUUGUAUGAGUAUAGUAGUUCAUCCUCACUGCAGAAUUUGGGCAAGUUUAUUUUUCCUACAGAUACAGGUGCAAGAAUCUAAUCACUUCCUAUAUUUAAGGUCUGGUUUAGACCUUAAGCAUGUAUAUGUAUUCCAAAAAGCAAGGAAAAAAUUUGUAUUUGCAAUGACUUCACUUACUAUGCAACAAGAACAAGUCAAAAAGCUGAGGGUAGGUUUUCAAAGUCUCAGACUUUCUUGUGCCUGUUGUUUUAAAUGAUAAAGGUUCUACUUGUAGCUGGUCUGGUGAUAGGCAAAGCAGUGGGACAACACUGGAUUUUACUCUGGUAAGUGGAUUCCGCAUAGCUGAAGUAAAAGACAUUGAAAGAGUUUGUCUCUAAACAGGUAUGGCAGAACGUUGAAGGUCCAAAUUUCAGUGGUAUUUUUUUCAGUCCGUUUUUCUCACUCUUAAGUAUUGUAUAGUGAGAUGUUCCAGUUGUUUACUUACUACCAUUUGGGAUGACAGGGCUACUGCAUUUCUAAGCUGAAACUUAUUUUAAUUAGAUCAGGUAUUUUAUUUUGGGAAGGUGAUCCAUCCUAUGAAAGGAGUGUUGGUGAUUUCAGUGAUUAAAAGAGCAAGGUGGUGUUCUCAGUUCAGCUCCUAAUGGAGGCCUCCCCUCAUAAAAUGAUGGUCUCUUAUUGGCAGCUUCAGUUGAGGAGCAAAAGAUUCAAAGGCUGUUGAGACAAACAGGCAGAUGGCAGAAAUGAUGACAGUGUUUUACAGUGAUUAAUUUUUUUUUUUUUUUUACAUUUGCUGUAAGUACAAGUGAUUGGAUUAUUAAAAUAUUUGGGUGGUGGUGUGUAGUAUUAGAGAAUAGUACUUUUCAUUCCAACAGUAUUUGUGAUACAGUAUGCAGGAACCACCUGAAAUGAAGGUACAGGACCUAAUUGUGCAAACUGUGUCUGCAUUGACAUUGCACUGUCCACUAUCUUAAGAGUUAGCAUCUGAGCGCUUCUGAUUCACCAGGCUUGUUGAUCAUUUUAGCUAGCUAGCCAGUUCAGAUAACCAGUUAUUUCACGCAAAUGGUCAGCUGGAAUUCCGUGGUAAUGCUUACAAUGUUGUCCCAUAUUAUUAUUCUGUAUGGAGUGUGAAAAUUGACUAUACUGGAAGUAAUUAUUACUGUAUUGAGCUAUAUUUUU